UGGAAAGCGCGGGGUUUGCACCGAGUCACUUCCCAUUUGGCGCCGAGCCGUCAAGACCUUGGGCAAUUGAGUGCGAGUGCGCGACAUCGGCUGCCACAUCCUCGUGAAGUAGCAACGUCUGACCAUCGGGGUCGUUUCAUCUAUUUCUCCAUCUCUCUCUCUCGUCUCAUUCAUAAAUCCACACCAAUGGCCCCUGCCGACGUCCUGGUGGCUUCUCCUGUUAACGGUAUGGUCGGGCUUGAAAUGUGCUCGGCCACGCCGCCUGACAACUGCAAGUCGCCGCACACACCACGCCUACUACAACGCGCUGGCAUCCUCGCACUCGAACAGAUCGCGGCUGAUGAGAUGGACGCCUCGACGCCACACGAAACAAACACCGGAGCGGAGACUUCCGCGACCUCACCAACUGCUGCUAAGCGCAAACGGCAGUCGCUGUCGCCCACUACGUCUGCAGGAUCAUUAGACAGUGAAGGACCCGAGACGAGUCCUGACGAACUCGAGGACUCCCAGCCAUCCCGGCCGCUGCCUGAAGAUAAAGAGGUGAAGUCACCUACACCAACUAUCAAACGCUUUGUGGCGAAGAACAGAGAACGCAAGCGGCGCAAAGUGGACGUGAUUGAGAAUGCGCUCAAGCGUUUCCAUGAGGAGGAGACGAAAACCCCACGCUGCGUCGAGUUCACGACCAUCUGCCACCCCAAAUACAGAAACAGGAAACGUGAAGCCACGAAGAUGCGUGUGCAGGUUGGCGUAUCUCUCGCACAAGGCGCGCGUCCGUACAUGGAAGAUCGCUACUCAGUGGUGGAGCGUCUGCUAGAUGACGACGAGGACGUCGACUCGUCGCCCAGCUUACUGGCAGUGUAUGAUGGCCACAAUGGUGCGUAUGCAUCUGAGUAUGCGCGUCGUCGUUUUAGAGACUUGCUAGGCGAGAGUGAAGACCUGAUGGAGAUCAGUCGUCGCUCACAGCACUCGGAACUGACCGAGGACGACGUGGAGAAAGUCCGUGAGCUAUUGGUGGACGCAUUUGCGACCAUAGACGCCGAGAUCCUGCAGCGUACCGUCAUUUUGAACAAACGCGACGGCUCUACUGUACUGCUGGGACUCUUGGUGGGUGGUAAGCUCUUUGUUGCGAACCUUGGCGACUCGCGAGCUGUGUUGGCUCAGGCUGACGACAGCAGUGACGACGAAGAGGAGGAAGAGGUGCCAAGUGCUGUGCGUCUCUCGGUAGAUCACAAACCUGACCUCAAGGAGGAGACUGAACGUGUCGAAGAAGCGGGAGGGAAGGUUAUCUUCUCUGGAUGCUGGCGCGUAGCACACGACCAGAUCCCGCUGCGUUUGGCCAUCAGUCGAUCGCUCGGUGACCACCCGCUCAAGACGAAUCUACCAGCGUCUUGUUCUGCUCCUCUAGUGUCGGUGGUUCCAGAUGUUCGUGUACUCAACGUGGAAGCGGCUGGUGAGUAUCUCGUGUUUGCCAGCGACGGUCUAUGGGACCGCUUGAGUGACGACGAUGCUGCCAAGAUCGUGCGCGCCAAGGUGGCUGAGUUUCACUGGUCAGAGGAGCCUACAAGCUCCGAAGAUGUGACCAAGGAAGCGCUGCAGUUUGCUGCGAAUGCCCUCGUGGAGGCAGCUCUGCUGAAGCGCAGCAUGGACAACAUCACAGCCAUGGUCAUCUCGUUCUCCGAGCUGGUCGACGAGGACACGAACGCAUGAGUAAAGCAGCAACAAUCUCCGUCAGUCGGUGCCGACAUGUCGAGAUAUAAUAGAGAAUCUACCUCCAUAUUGUACGAUGGUCGAGUUUUCAGACCCAAUCCUUCUUUACAUGUAGCCUCGUUCCCCAUAACAAAGUUGUAGAACUAGUAAACGGUUAUCAAACGACAGCAUUGACCGAGCC